AUGAUUCAAAGGGAAGAAGAGUUUGUUCCUUUCAACCAAAUUCAAGGAAUCGCUGCAACAAAUGUUCCAGCGUAUUCAAAUGGAGAUGAUGAUUUCUUCUCUGUCGAACGACACUAUUUUCACGGUAUAUUUAUGGGAUUUAAAUGGCAAUGUGUUGAAUUUGCUCGUAGAUGGCUUUUAUUGCGAAAGAGUUGCAUAUUUAAAAAUAUCGGAUGUGCUGCUGACAUAUGGACGGGACUGACUCAUGUCGAACGAGUCACCGACGGAGAACAUUUUCAAUUAAAAGCACAUGCAAACGGUUCUUCUCAACCACCACAAAAAGAUUCAUUCCUCAUAUAUCCUCGUAAUCCAGAACAACCUUUUGGACAUAUCGCCAUUAUAUGUGAAGUUGUACCAGGAUUUGUUUGUAUUGCCGAACAAAACCAUAAGUUUCACUACUGGUCAGAGAAUUAUGCGCGUCAAAUUCCAGUAGUAUUUAAGAACGGUGGUUACUAUAUCGAAGACGAGGAUGAAGUUUUCGGUUGGAUAGAAAUUGAAAAUGGCAACCAGUUACAACCGCUGGACGAAUCAAAAAUGGAUAUUAUUCUCAAACACUAUCAGCAGCUACAACCAAUAGGUAAAAUGCAACGUCGUUGUAUUUCAAGCACAACUAUAACUUUAGGACGUUCUUGGUUGAAUAUGGAUGAUCCAGCUGAAAAACUCUUCAUAGAAAUGUUCGGUGAAGACAUUGUACGAGUUAAUACUUCUCCAGAGAAUGUACCCUAUUACCAGAUCGACCACGAUUUACUUUUGAGCAUUGGAAGUACAUCUAAUGAAUUACAUCGUUUAUUCAUGACUGCUACCGAACAUGUCAUUCAUAACGACGAUCUUUUAAGACGUUUUGGUAUACCAGAUAUUUUUUGGACUCGGAUUCGUCAUUCUUGGAAAAAUGAUCAAGGUUCCACCAUGACAGGUCGAUUUGACUUAGCAUUUGAUGGAAAACAACUAAAAGUAUUCGAGUAUAAUGCCGAUAGCGCAUCUGCACUUUUUGAAUGCGCCGUUAUACAAGAUAAAUGGGCUAAAGCUGUUAAUUUGCCUUCCACUUUCAUGUCAGGAUUUCAAUUACAUCGCGUUUUAGUUAAAAAUUGGAAACACUUGAAUAUAAAAACACGCGUUCAUAUAUUGAUUGAUACCGACAAAGAAGAGCUUCUCACGGCUUUCUAUAUGCAAAACGUAAUGAAAGAAGCUGGUAUCGAUUCAAAACUAUGCAUAAUGACUGAUGAUCUCUAUUGGCAAGACUCUACUAUUGUAGACAAUGAUGGUGUGUUAGUGAAAGUUGUGUGGAAACUGUGGAUGUGGGAGACUGUUUUUAGAGAUUACACAGAAGCCCAAACGGAAAGAUGUAACAAAAAUGAAGACCAAUGGAAACCCGUAAACGGCGAGCAUCCACGUCUAAGUGAUAUAUUGUUGAAUGAUCAUGUACGAGUCAUUGAACCCCUGUGGAAAGUUAUUACCAGCAAUAAAGCGCUUUUAUCCGUUGUGUGGAGUAUGUUUCCAAACCAUCCAAAUCUCCUGCAUACUGAAUGGACCCUUACGAACGAUCUGAAACAAGCUCCCUUCGUAAAGAAGCCAAUUGUUGGUCGUUGUGGUCAAAACGUAACGUUGUAUCAGACAAAUGGCGAUUCUGUUAUAGACGAAAGUACCGGUAAAUUUUCAAAUCGAGACUGUAUUUAUCAAGAAUUAUUCCCUCUAACGAAUUACGAUGGUUAUUAUGGAAUUAUUUGUAGUUGGAUUAUCAGUGGCUUAUUUGCUGGCUUUUGUGUACGUGAAGAUAAGAAACUAAUUACUGAUGGUGAUAGUCCUGUAACAGCUUGUUGCAUAGUCUGGACAAAAGAAGAGAACUAA